GGCCAUGGCAAGCGCAAUGGAACUCUUCCUGGUGGUGUCAGUGUUUGAUGGUUUGGAAGCUUGGGAAGUGAGAUUUGGUAAAAUUGGAUCUUUGAUUUGUGAUCCGGUGAUACUGACUAACGGAGACCGCACCGAGUGUCCACUUCCCGGCAUUUACGUUCAGUAUCCCCGUUACCUCCCUCUCAUUGACCGGCUUUUAGCAAGGUUGUAUCUCAAGCAUAGAUACUCAAGUAGAAUUGUAGGUUUGUUCAGAUCGUUGCCGGAGUUUGUGUUCUACCAUGUUGGUGCAUCGUAGCAGGGAUAGGGGGGCUGCGUAUGGAGCAACCCGUGAAGCCGCGCCCAGAGGGGAAGAGCUGUCUUCUUGGUGAGUUUACAGCAGAAUUAAGUGAU